UUCGUCUGCUCGACUUUAAAAUCAAUUAGUUUCAACUGUACAAUUCAGUAGUUUCGGUCAUAUUCCAUAUUCCAAGCGAAAAUUACAUUAGAAAAACAAUAUGAAGUCGAUAAUUGUUGUACUUGGUGUGCUCCUAGUUUUUGGAUCAACUCAUUCAAUCAAAUCAGAAGAUUCAAACGAAAGUGCGCACGUGAUUGAAACGACUAAUGAUGAUGCAAUUGAAGCAUUCGAUCUCUUGGGCAAAAUUCAAUGUAAAUUAUGCAAAGAAGCAAUGAAAAUAGUUGAAAAAGAGGUGAACAGCCACUCGUCAAAGGAAGAGAUAAAGAAAACCCUUGAUAAAGCAUGCACCAUAAUUCCUGACAGAAGUCUACGGCGGAAGUGCCGUGAAUCAAUCGAGAAGAGAGGCGAUGCUAUUGCGGAGGUAAUCCUUGAAAAUUUGACAGCCGAUAACAUCUGCAAGAUUCUCCUAUUCUGUUAAGUUCAGCAAAUAAAAAUAAAUAUUCAAAAUUUCUUUGAAAAGUUUGAUUUUUAGUCAAGUUUGUUACUUAAACCAAUAAAUUACUUAUACUUGUU